AUGGACGCGCUACAAUCCUAUCUUCCUCAAGCGGAAGGCUUACUGCCCAAAUGGCUUCUAUUUGUCGCCAUAGUCUCUGUUGGCAACAGCCUCCAAUGCUACGCCACGCUCUCCUUCACUUCGCGCGUCUACAACCCUACAGCAAUUGAUCCGCCCCCUACCACGCCGAAACACGUAACCGCUCUCUCGUCGCGCACAUUCGGAACAUGGACUUUCUUGACGGGCAUGGUUCGACUUUACGCCGCAUACAACAUCAACAAUCCGAGCUUCUAUCAAUUGGCUUUGUGGACUUAUGCUAUAGCCUGGGGACACUUCAUGAGUGAAUGGUUUGUGUAUGGAACUACAAGAUGGGGCAAACCAUUGGCUGGACCGGUGAUAGUCGCAACUUCAAGUUUGAUCUGGAUGUGGAUGCAGUGGGAUUUCUACGUCAAGGCCUAG